AAGGAUGAAAGGCAAACUCGACCUCGGCGGAAUUAGAACUCAGAACGUACCGGCAGACGAAAUACCGCUAAACAUUUCGCCCGACGUGCUAACGUGUCUGCCAGUUCGCCGCCUUACCUUGGUAACUGAUAAUACACAGAAGAGGUUAAGAAGCGUAAAAGAUUAUAAGCUCUGAGCAGUUCUCUCCCCUCGAGGAAAAAUUCCCCUCCCUUUUAUUUCUGAGCAAAUUCUUUCUCUCUGGCUCUUCUUACUCAAAAAGCAACUAUUAAGUCCUAGCAUCGACAAUCGCCAGUCAGAAUCCGCUUAGGAAUUCUUCAGUGAAUGAGUAUGUAGUAACAAUACAUAUGACGAGCGUUACUCACUUCUUAAUUACAGAAAUAUCAAAAUGACAUUGGCUAAAUAGUACUUAGAUGUAUCAUUGAUAUUUAUCAUCUUUCACAAAGUAAAGGAAGUUGUUACACAAAAUGGAUAUAUCCCUGCAUCUAUAAAUCUGCGAUAGAAUUGGUGUGACAUAAUUGUUGUUGUGACCUCAGACCAUUAGCAAAAUUUUCAUAUUUCAUUGCCUGGAACAUCUUCAAGAGUUGGUUGCUUUCCAUUUUAAACUUGGACAUAUUUAUAACGGAAGUUGCAGUAUCUUCAAACAUCAACGAAGGUCACGCUUUAUGGAGAUAUAGUCGUAGAAAUACUUCAAAGAGUACAAGAACAAGAGACGAAAGUUGACAGAGAAGAAUAAUUAUGGAAAAUGAAUUCUGUGAGGAAUCAAUUGAAAUUAAAACAAAGUGUGACAGACUUGAUUUUCCUGAUGAGAUUCAGAAUGAGAGAAAAAAAAGAUUGUACUCCUGUGAUGUCUGUAAAAAGUCGUUCUCUCAGAAAAGUCGCCUAACUGAUCACAAAUUUUUUCAUACCAGAGAGAAACUAUAUCAUUGUGAUAUCUGUGGUAAAUCAUUUUCUAAAAGUAGUUCCUUAAUUACUCACAAACGUAUUCAUACAGGAGAUAAGCCAUACCAUUGUGAUAUUUGUGGUAAAUCUUACUCUCAGAUUGGUCACUUAAAUAAUCACAAACGUUUUCAUACAGGGGAGAAACCAUAUCAAUGUGAUAUCUGUGGUAAAUCACUCACUACAAAUGGUAUGUUAACAAGUCACAGACGUAUUCAUACAGGAGAGAGACCAUACCAUUGUGAUAUCUGCGGUAAAUCAUUCUCUCACAUGUCAUCCUUAAGUACUCACAGAGGUGUCCAUUCAGGUGAGAGACCAUUUCACUGUGAGAUUUGUGGUAAAUCAUUUAAGGAUAAAAGUAAAUUAAGGAGACACAUAUAUGUUCAUACAGGAGAAAAACCCUAUAGCUGUAAUACCUGUGGUAAAUCAUUCAGUCAAAAUGUUGACUUGAAUAAGCACAUACGGAUUCAUACAGGUGAAAAACCAUAUCACUGUGAUAUCUGUGGUAAAACUUGCUCUCAAAGUAGUGAUUUAAUUAAACAUAAGCGUGUUCAUACAGGAGAGAAACCGUAUCACUGUGAUAUCUGUGGUAAAUCAUUUUCUGAUGGUAGUACCUUAAUUCACCAUAAACGAGUUCAUACAGGAGAAAAACCGUUUCCCUGUGAUAUCUGUGGUAAAUCUUUCGCUAAAGGUAGUGAUUUAACUAAGCAUAAGCGUGUUCAUACAGGAGAAAAACCAUAUCACUGUGAUAUCUGUGGUAAAUGUUUCUCAAGAAAUAGUGCCUUACUUAUACAUAUGCGUAUCCAUACAGGAGAAAAGCCAUAUCAGUGUAAUAUCUGUGGUCAGUCAUUCUCCAGGAAUACAAGCUUAAAUCUACACAAACGUACUCAUACAAGUGAAAAACCAUAUCACUGUGUUCUCUGUGGAGAAUCGUUCUCUCAACGAAGGAACUUAUCUCGACACAAAUAUGUCCAUAGAGCAGAGAAGUUGUUUCUUUGCUGGGCUCAACACAAACGUACACAUACAAGUGAGAAACCAUAUCACUCUGUUCUCUGUGGAGAAUCAUUCUCUCAAAGUGGUAAGUCAUCUAGUCAUGAACAUGUUCAUAGAGCAGAGAAGCUGUUUCUCUGUGACAUUUGUGGUAAAUUGUUCUCUAGAAAUUUGCAAAGUAAAAUUAUGGAAAAGGAAUUCUGUGAGGAACCAAUUGAAAUUAAAAUAGAGACUGAACUAGUUGAUUCUCAUGAUGACAUUCAGAAUGAGAGAGAAGAAAAACCAUAUUCCUGUGACGUCUGUAAAAAGUCAUUCUCUCAGAAACACCACUUAAAUGAUCACAAACGUAUUCAUACAGGUGAGAAGCCAUAUCAUUGUGAUAUCUGUGGUAAGUCAUUCUCUACAAGUGGUACUUUAAAUACCCAUAAAUAUACUCAUACCAGAGAGAAACCAAAUCACUGUGAUAUCUGUGGUAAAUCAUUUUUCACAAUUAGUGCAUUAAAUACUCACAAACGUAUUCAUACGGGAGAGAAACCAUAUCAUUGUGAUAUCUGUGGUAAAUCCUUCUCUUACACAUCAUCCUUAAGUAAACACAGAAGUAUUCACACAGGAGAGAGACCGUGCCACUGUCAGAUCUGUGGUAAAUCCUUCCCAGAUAAAAGUAAAUUAAAGAGACACAUAUACAUUCAUACAGGAGAAAAGCCCCAUUGCUGUAAUAUCUGUGGCAAAUCAUUCUCUCAAAAGAAUGAUUUAAAUAAGCACAUACGGAUUCAUACAGGGGAAAAACCAUAUCACUGUGAUAUCUGUGGUAAAUCUUGCUCUCAAAGUAGUGACUUAAUUAAACAUAAGCGUGUUCAUACAGGAGAGAAACCGUAUAACUGUGAUAUCUGUGGCAAGUCUUUCUCUGAAAGUAGUGCCUUACAUAUACAUCGACGUAUUCAUACAGGAGAGACUCCAUAUCACUGUGACGUGUGUGGUAAAUCAUACUCUCAAAUCGGUCACUUAAAUCAUCACAAACGUUUUCACACAGGAGAGAAACCCUAUCACUGUGAGAUCUGUGGUAAAUCACUCACUACAAGUGGUAAGUUAAAUAGUCACAAACGUAUUCAUACAGGAGAGAAACCGUAUCACUGUGAUAUCUGUGGUCAAUCAUUCUCUACAAAUGGUAACUUAAAUAGUCACAAACGUAUUCAUACAGGAGACAAACCAUAUUAUUGUGAUAUCUGUGGUAAGUCAUUCUCUACAAGUGGUACUUUAAGUACCCAUAAACAUAUUCAUACAAGAGAGAAACCAUAUCACUGUGAUAUCUGUGGUAAAUCCUUUUCCACGAGUAGUUCCUUAAAUACUCACAAACGUAUUCAUACGGGAGAGAAACCAUAUCAUUGUGAUAUUUGUAGUAAAUCAUUCUCUAAAAGUGGCACCUUAAAUUUACACAAACGUAUUCAUACAGGAGAGACACCAUAUCACUGUGAUAUCUGUGGUAAAUCGUUCUCUGAAAAUAGUACCUUAACCAAACACAAAUAUGUUCAUAUAGGAGAGAAGCCAUAUCAGUGUAAUAUCUGUGGUAAAUCAUUUUCUAUAAGUAGUACCUUAAACAGGCACAGACGUAUUCAUACAGGAGAGAAGCCAUAUCAUUGUGAUAUCUGUGGUGAGUCAUUUUCUCAGAGUUGUAAUUUAAAUAGUCACAAACGUACACAUACAGGAGAAAAACCAUAUCACUGUGAUAUCUGCGGUAAAUCAUUUUCGAAGAGUUGUAAUUUAAAUAGUCACAAACGUGUACAUACAGGAGAAAAACCAUAUCACUGUGAUAUCUGUGGUAGGUCAUUCUCUGAAAAUUGCAUCUUAAAUUCUCACAAACGUAUUCAUACAGGAGAGAAACCAUAUCACUGUGACAUAUGUGGUAAAUCAUUCUCUGAAAGUAGUAACUUAACUGAACACAAACGUCUCCAUACAGGAGAAAAGCCAUUUCACUGUGAUAUCUGUGGUCAAUCAUUCUCUGUCAAUAGACAUUUAACCAAACACAAAUGCAUCCAUUCGGGAGAAAAGUCAUAUCAGUGUGACAUCUGUGAGAAAUCAUUCUCUACCAAUAGAUACUUAACUAAACACAAAUAUAUUCAUACAGGAGAGGGACCAAAUCCUCGUGACUUUUGUAACAAAUCAUUUUCCUAUGGUAAAGCUUUAAUUAUACACAAACACAUUAAUACAAGUGAGAAACUAUAUCAGUGUGAUAUCUGCGGUAAAUCAUUUUCUCAACAAUAUUUAACUAUACACAAACGCACUCAUACAGGUGAGAAGCCAUAUCUCUGUGUUAUCUGUGGGAAAUCUUUCUCUCAAAACGUUCAUUUAACUCUACACAAACGCACUCAUACAGGUGGAGACAUUUACAAGUAA